AUGGUUGAUGCUUUAGCUGGAAAGUGGAAUGUUUCUGAAUCUACCAAUUUUGAUGAAUAUUUAAAAGCUUCUGGAAUUGGUUUUAUGACAAGAAAGGUUGCCGCAACUGUUAAGCCAGUUUUAACCAUAACUGUCAAUGGAAAUCAUAUUACAAUUAACUCUGCCUCAACAUUCAAAAAUCAUACAACUGAAUUUGAUCUUGGAGUUCCAUAUGAAGAGGAGACAAUUGAUGGUAGACGUUUCAAUACUACCUUCACAUGGGAAGAUGGAAAACUUGUCCAAAGACAACAAGUUAUUAAAGAUGGUGACAAACCUUCUGUUAUUACAAGAUAUGUUAAGGAUGAUAAAUUGUACAUUGAUAUGGUUUGCGAUGGUGUCACUGCUACCAGAGUCUAUGUUAAAGCCUAA